AUGGCUAGUGGCAGCAAGAAGACUGUUCUCAUAACAGGAUGCUCAUCAGGAAUCGGUCUAAAGAUUGCAGCACAACUGGCAAAGGACCCACAGCAGCGGUACCACGUAAUUGCCACAAUGAGAGACCUGAAAAAGAGUGGGAAGCUGGAAGAAGAGGUUGGACAGUUUUUAAAUAAGACCCUGGUGAUCAGCCAGCUUGAUGUGACCAAUGAGGACUCUAUUAAGAAAUGUCUGGCGUCAUUACCCGGUCAAACAGUAGAUGUCCUGGUGAACAACGCUGGUGUUGGGCAGGUUGGUCCCAUUGAGAGUUUAUCAAUGAAUGACAUGAGGAAGGUGUUUGAGACUAACUUUUUUGGGGUUGUGCAUCUCAUUAAGGAGGUUCUGCCUAGUAUGAAAAAACGUAGAAGUGGCCAUAUUGUUGUAAUAAGCAGCGUCGUAGGAUUACAAGGACUUGUAUUUAACGAUGUUUAUGCAGCAUCAAAAUUUGCAAUUGAAGGUUUCUGUGAAAGUUUAGCAGUACAGCUUCUGAACUUUAAUAUAUUUGUGUCCAUGAUAGAACCAGGUCCUGUUAAUACAGAGUUUGAGAUGAAGCUGAUGGAAGAGGUGUCUCGAUCAGACUUCCCCGGUACUGAUGCUGAUACUCUACAUUAUUUCAAAGAUGUCUAUCUACCUGCAGCGCAUGACAUAUUUGUCACCAUGGGGCAGUCACCAGAUGUAGUGGCUAAGGAAACAGUGAAAGUGAUUGGAAUGAAUCGACCUGUAUUCCGUCAUCAAACAAACCUUCUUUAUACUCCUCUUACAGCCUUGAAAUAUACAGAUAAUACUGGAAACCUCUCAGUCAGAACCUUUUACAAUAUGCUAUUCAACUAUGGCUCGCUUUUUCAUUUCAGUCUUCAUUUCUUGAGGUGUAUCACCUGCAACUGUUUUCGCAGAAGAGUGAUGCCUGUCUGAGAUAGAACAGUGACAU